AUGCGUGUCGACCAACCCUCAACACCACCCUCCCGUUCCAUCGAAAUGUCAACCCGCCCCUCCUCCGAACUCCUCUACAUUCCGUAUCUGAUCGCCUCCUCCUACGGUCUCCCCGCCUCACACCUCUCCCUCCUCACGACCUCUCUCAUCUUCUACUUCCACUACAACCACGAUCUCUCUUGGCUCUCUAUCCUCCGCAACCCUCGCCUUUGGCUUACCCUCCCCGCCGCUGACACCACUAUUCUCCUCUGGAUGCUCUACAUGUCCAAGCACGGCUUCUUCGCGAACAAAUCCAUCGUCGACUCGCCUUCCGCUCGGAAACCCAAGAUGGAAGAAACGCCACAAGAAUUCUCGGGGCAGACCUCUUGUCCAACGACGGUCAUGUCUCGCUUCAACACGCAGUUCCGCACGCAGUUCCACGGCUCCGAGCCACAAGUCUUUGGUUUCCCUUCCUCAGGCGGUAUCCUCACGACGCGCUUCGACCUCGCUGUUGCAGGCUUCUUCGAUCUUUUUGGCUGGAAGUCGUCGAGCGAGCAGAGGAUCCGAAUGAAGAAGAUGCAUUCUGCGAUCGUUUGCGGUUGCUCGAAGUGGAAAGGUUGGAAAAGCGAGUAUGACUUUGUGAUGAAGAAGAUUCGGAUUGAGUGA